AUGAGAAGUUUCAUCCUGGUCUCACUGUGUUUCUCAACAUGUCUGCUCCUGGCUGACAGCCGGCAUCCGACCUGUAACUUCAUGUUGGAGGUGGAGAGAGACCAGCUGGAGUGUGUGAAGCGGCUGAGGGAGGAGGAGGUCGGCGCCGGCGGCCCAAAAGUCGCUGGCUGCAGAGGAACGUGGGACAACAUCGCGUGUUGGGAUCGAGCCCAGAUCGGAGAGACGGUCACCAUCCCCUGUCCUCGAGUCCUCAAGACUCUAUUCGGCAGAAAUGGAAACAUCAGCAGGAACUGCUCGUCCGCCGGAUGGUCGGAUGUUUUCCCAAACAUCAGCAGUGUGUGUGAGUCGGACCCGAGCCAGGACAAGCUCGUCUUCUACGUGGUGGUGCGGACGCUCUACACCCUGGGUCACAGUCUGUCUUUGAUCGCCCUCACCACAGGGAGCGCCAUCCUCUGCCUGUUCCGGAAGCUCCACUGCACCAGGAACUACAUCCACCUCAACCUCUUCUUCUCCUUCAUCCUGAGAGCCGUGGCCGUGCUGGUGAAGGACGACAUCCUCUUCAGCCGAACCUCCCAGUGCUCCAGCCAGCCGUCACUGGUUGGAUGUAAAGCCAGCCUGGUAUUUUUCCAGUACUUCAUCAUGGCUAACUUCUUCUGGCUGCUGGUGGAGGGCCUGUACCUCCACACUCUGCUCGUCGUCAUCUUCUCCGAGAACAGACACUUCAUCGUCUACAUGUUCAUCGGCUGGGGAAUCCCCACCGUGUUCGUCUUUGCAUGGACGAUGGCGAGGAUUUAUCUGGAAGACACCGGAUGCUGGGAGAGGAACGACAACCCUAUACCCAACUGGGUGAUCAAUGGACCUAUUGGAUUCUCCAUUAUGGUGAAUUUCAUCCUCUUCAUCAGCAUCAUUCGGAUCUUGCUCCAGAAGCUGAGGUGUCCUGACGUGGGCGGCAACGACCAAUCACAAUACAGGAGGUUAGCCAAAUCCACCCUCCUGCUGAUCCCUCUGUUCGGGAUCCACUACGUGGUCUUCGUGACGCUCAGUGAAUCCAUCGCAGAAGACUAUAAAAUAUUUUUUGACCUGGCCCUCGGGUCCUUUCAGGGUCUGGUGGUGGCCAUCUUGUACUGUUUCCUCAACAGUGAGGUGCAAGGCGAGCUGAAGAGGAAGUGGAGGAGCGUGUGUCUGACCUGUCGGCCGAGCAGAGAUCACCGGAUCGCCUUCGCCUCCAGGAACGGCUCAGAGCACAAGACGCAGUUUCACCGCAGCUCCCGAACCCAGUCCAUCCUGCAGUCAGAGACCUCAGUGCUGUGAGGACAGGACACCUCAACAAGUGCAGUCUGCAGGUGUCAGCUUUACAAACCUCUGUGAGGCGUCAUGGAGGCGCCGUGACUGGACCUAGAGGACCCUAGGAUGUGUCCUAUACGGGCGUGCGAGUGAGAGAGAGACGCAGUGUGUUUAGUUUGUGUCGAGACAUUUAACCUGCUCUUCAUGGAGCCGUGCACAUGAGUAAGGUAUGACAUGUAUAUAUUUUAACCUGUAUAUGUUACACGUAUGAAUUAAAUAUUUAUAAUAUAUAAAUGAUGCCAUUUAUCUCUUCAGGGACGGCACAGCUUUUGGCUUUAGGAUGGAAAACGUGUCCCUUACUGUCUUAUUUCUACUGUAUCAAGCAUAGAAAUACACAUAUUCAUAGAGCUGAUAAAUAAACAGGGUAUUUAAAAUAAGCAUAUUUCUUAAAUGAGAGAUAUAAGGCCAUAGACACAGACAAUUUUUUUUAAUGGAAGUGAAACAUUUAAGAGAGGAAACAACUAUUUCAUGCAAAGGGAAACGUUUUUAAUACUCUACGUAAACCAGUCAGCGUAACUCACCUGGAAGAAAUCGAUUCCAUCAUAAUAUCAGAUGUGAGACGAGUCCCAGUGAAACACAGGAAACGCAGACAGAGGAGUUAAACUCUCUCCCAUGGCUUUCAUCUGAUUCUACCCACUCUCAUGCUUUACCCAACUGUAACCACUGAAAACAGUUCUGAAAGACUUGUUUAUUUAAAAAUAAUGUCGAGCAUAAGAUCCAGUGGUAAAUUCCUACUUCUUUGCUGCAUCCACACAACUACUGCAUGUUCUCUUUUAAAAGGAAUCAGCUCUGUGACCGAAACGCCUGGUGUCCACACUAAGCCGGUGAAACGUAGAAGCUUGGAAAACAUGGAUAAGUUCUGUUUCCUGUCCGGUUUGUAUCGCUGGAUGAAACUACCUGAUGCAC